UGUUUUGAUUGUUAUCCAAACAGGUUGCACAACGUGAUAUUAUGAACAGUAUUGAUCGUGAAAUGUCUGGAGAUCUCAAAAAUGGUUUCAAAUGCAUUGGUAUGAUUUGUUUUGUACAUUAUAUAUACAGCUAUUUCAAUUAAUGUUGUCAUAUUGGUAGGCCAUUCCAGCUACAGACUAAAUUUUGAUCAAGACAAGCUAGAAGAAAGAAAUCCAACGCCACAGCUAGAAUGAGCGCCUUAGAAUGAGUAAAACUGCAAAGAUUAGUUGCUAAAUGUUGUAAAAUGAAGAAAAUAUAGCCAUGCGAAGUUCGCAAAUUUUGUAUAUAUUUGUACUACGCGCGUGAAAAAUAACCAUUUUGAGCCGAAAGUGGUUAUUUUUACCGCGCGUAGUACAAAUAUAUAUAAAAAUUUGCGAACUUCUCAGGGCUAUAUUUUCUUCCUUUUACAACAUUUAGCAAUCAAUCUUUGCAGUUUUACUCAUUCUAAGAUGCUCUUUCUAGCUGUGGUGUUGGAUUUCGUUCUUCUUGCCUUGAUCAAAAUUUAGUCUUAAUUUCUUCUUUUACGGUUUCCUAAAUUCCCAUCUACAAAGUCAUGUUAUAUUAAUCACGUGACGCAUCCUAAUUUCAUCUUUUACAGUGCAAUGCGCCCGCAAUCCUGCCGUGUACUUUGCUGAACGUCUCUGGAAGAGCAUGAAGGGCGCUGGGACGAAUGAUUCUCUUUUGGUUCGGAUUAUCGUUUCACGCUCUGAGGUGGGUGCUAGGCAGGAUGUUGGCUGGCUAUGUGGGAUAGUUCAGAACUGAUAGAGCUAUCCGGUAUUUAUAAAUAUAGUUUAGUUUACGUUUCCUCCUGUAAUAACACUGGAUCAAUAAGAGAUGACCCUUACUGGACCUCUAGGGAGAACAGUUUAGAACUGAUAGAGCUAUCCAGUAUAAAUAAAUUUAUAGUUUAGUUUAGUUUAGUUUAAGUUUCCUCCUGUAGUAACACUGGAUCAAUAAGAGAUGAUCCUUACUGGACCUCUAUAGGGAGAACAGUUUAGAACUGAUAGAACUGAUAGAACUAUCCAGUACAUAAAUAAAGUUAGUUUAGUUGAGGUUUCCUCCUGUAGUAACACUGGAUCAAUAAGAGAUGAUCCUUACUAGAUCUUUAGGAAGAACAGUUUAGAACUGAUAGAGCUAUCCAGUACAUAAAUAAAGUUAGUUUAGUUUAAGUUUCCUCCUGUAGUAACACUGGAUCAAUAAGAGAUGAUCCUUACUGGACCUCUAUAGGGAGAACAGUUUAGAACUGAUAGAGCUAUCCAGUAUAUAAAUAAAGUUAGUUUAGUUGAGGUUUCCUCCUGUAGUAACACUGGAUCAAUAAGAGAUGAUCCUUACUGGACCUCUAGAGAGAACAGUUUAGAACUGAUAGAGCUAUCCAGUAUAUGAAUAAACUUAGUUUGGUUUCCUCCUGUAGUAACACUGGAUCAAUAAGAGAUGAUCCUUACUGGACCUCUAGAGAGAACAGUUCAGAACUGAUAGAGUUAUCCAGUAUAAAUAAAGUUAGUUUAGUUUAGGUUUCCUCCUGUAGUAACACUGGAUCAAUAAGAGAUGACUCUUACUGGACCUCUUUAGGGAGAACAGUUUAGAACUGAUAGAGCUAUCCAGUAUAAAUACAGUUUAGUUGAUGUUUUCUCCUGUAGUAGCACUGCAUGAGCGGAUCACCGGACGCCUAGGUAGAAUGUUCUUUUGCACAACAGGAACUCAAUCCAUUCUUUUUGUUGAUAUUUAAAGACGAAUUCAUUUUGGCUUUUUUUUUCGUUCAGCUUGACUUGGUUGAAAUUAAACAAGAGUUCUUGAAUCGUUAUCACAAGACAGUGUACAAGAUGAUUGAGGGAGAUACCUCUGGAGAUUAUAAGAAACUCCUGUUGGCUUUGGUUGGACGUAAUUAACAUAAUCUGCGCGCACCUGGAACUUUCUAAGAAUUUUGUCAUCGCUUCACUUGCCUUUCAUUAACUCCAUGCAAUGGUGAUUUAACUGUGUGAGUUUAAUGUAUUCGAAUUAUAUGGAUUUUUAAUAUCAGUUGACAAAUAUAUAGGUGAUAUCAAUUAUUUAGUUUAACUUUUGCAAUAAUACAAGUGAUGUCCGUAUUA